CAGGGGUAUACUGAGCAGCAUUCCUUUGCUGCCAGCCGUUGAUUGUGUUGCGUUAAAGACGCGUGGAUGUGAACAUGUUCAGAGAGAGCUGGCUGAACAGUGUGAACGGCGCCCUGUGAGGGACUUUUCUGUCAAAGUGCCCUGGUGAAUGGUUGGUGCACAAUCAAGCUGUACUUCCACCUGGCUUCAUCCAAAGGCGAGUAUCGACUGUACUGCAUAAAAGAACGCUGACCUCUUUUUUGUACUUUCCGGACAUAACAGCAGUCCUUUGUACAACUGGGGGAAAAGGGACAUCUACCUAGGUUAAGUCGAACAAGUAAAGGAGAGCGUCUCACCCUGGUUUGGUCUUGUCCUGCGACACAGUUUCUAAGGGAAUAAAUGAUCACCUCAACAAGACGAGUAUCUCCUGACAAACCUGAAGUUAGAAUCGCCUUCAGCCUUGAUGAGUCCACAGAGCUGAAAGAUGACGAGGACUUGCUUCCAUCAUUUCCUGACCUUGAGCAGCAGCUACAGCCUGUGCUUCCAUGUCAGUCGGUGUCAGAGUCAGUGCAAGUGUACAAGGACCACUGCAAGAUGGCCAAAGAGUUCCACAAGGUCAAAAACGAAAUUGCACUGCUGGAGGAUCGAAAAAAGGAGUUGAUUGCGGAGCUGGUGGAGGAUGAGAAGGCAUCCAUGGAAAUUGCCCGUCUGAAGGAGGAGUUCCGGGUCCUGACAGAGGAGAACCGGACGCUGGUCAAUGUCCACAGCCAACGCUCCCAGCAGCUGGAGACACUGCGAGUACUCAAUCAGAAGAGACCAGGGUCCUCCUGACCCUUGAUCCUAUCAGACC